GAGGGAAUGGCUUUAUUUCUUGGGGCAGGCAGGCAGCAAUUGCAUAAUUAGAACCUCCUUGGGCGCGUUGAGUGAGGGUGGAAACCCUGAAAAAAAGAAAGCAGAAACAAACAGGAGAUACUGGGGGUUGGGACUAGUGCCUGAGGACUGGGGACCUGGAUGAGACCCUUACAGGGGAGUAGGCCAUUAGGGAAAUGAGGAUUGUGAAUAUUUUUGUGGGAACGUUUCUUGCAGAACAUAAGUUAUUAGGAAACAUUAAAAAUGUGGCUAAGACAGCUAACAAGGACCAUUUGGUUACAGCCUAUAACCAUCUUUUUGAAAGUAAGCGUUUCAAGGGUACUGAAAGUAUAAGUAAAGUGUCUGAGCAGGUGAAAAAUGUGAAGCUUAAUGAAGAUAAACCCAAAGAAACCAAGUCUGAAGAGACUCUGGAUGAGGGUCCACCAAAAUAUGUAAAAUCUGUUCUUAAAAAAGGAGAUAAAACCAACUUUCCCAAAAAGGGAGAUGUUGUUCACUGCUGGUAUACAGGAACACUACAGGAUGGGACUGUUUUUGAUACUAAUAUUCAAACGAGUUCAAAGAAGAAGAAAAACGCCAAGCCUUUAAGUUUUAAGGUUGGAAUAGGCAAAGUUAUCAGAGGAUGGGAUGAAGCACUCUUGACCAUGAGUAAAGGAGAAAAGGCUCGACUAGAGAUUGAACCAGAAUGGGCUUAUGGAAAGAAAGGACAGCCUGAUGCCAAAAUUCCACCAAAUGCAAAACUCAUUUUUGAAGUGGAAUUAGUGGAUAUUGACUGAAAUAGCAAUGCUUCAGAUGUAAAGACAUCAGCAACAAUAAAACAUGGCCUUGAAGAAAUUUAUGUAACUAAUUAGAGCUGGUUACUAUUGUAACGGAAGAGUCAACUGGAAAAUUCAAGAAUGCAGAUACUGUUUACCCAAUCCGCAACUUUUAAUAUAUGUAAUCCAUUAUAAUUCCCUAAAGUUUGAAAUAUUUUACUACAGCUGUGUAAAAUAUUGGUUAAAGAGAACUGACUUUCCUUUUACCUCAUGUUGUAAACUGAAAGGCUCAAUAAAAUGUAUUCAGUGUCUUGA